AUGUGCGAGACGAGGCGCACGAGACGACACGCACGAGACCAAGACGGUGACGCGCAGGAGAUGGUGCAAGGGAGAUGGCGCGAGGGAGACGGCGUGAGAGAUAUGGCGUGGGUGAGACUCCAGUACAGGCGAGAAGGUGCGGGCGAGAAGGCGCGGACGAGAAGGCGUGGAUGGAGGGAGGCAGAGGGCGGCGCCGAGGCGGGCGACACGGAGGAGGGCAGCGGGCGGGCGGAGGUAGGCGACGCAGAUGCGGGUGAGGCAGAGAUGGAGGAGGGCUCGAGGGAGGAGGCGCAGGGCCGGGACGAGGCGGAGGAGGCGAGGCGGGAGGAGCUGAACAACGCAGAGGAGGGCAAUGCGGACACAGGCGAGCCGGACGCGGGGAAAGACGAUGCGGACGCGGGCGAGCCGGACGCGGGCAACAUGCGCAGAGAAGGGCAACGGCGAGGCGGGCAAUGCGGAGGAGGCGGGCAACGUGGGGGUGGGCGGCAGGAAGCAGGGCAGGGCGGAGGACUCACCAAAACAGGGGCCGCGGUACAUCGCCGUGGCCCCCACAUUCCAAUCUCCAUGCUGGUGACGUCCGGAUGGACGUCCUCGUGCGCUCUCGACGUUGUGAGGGAGGCCGGUAAGACAGUGAGGCAGAGCAGGGAGCAGGCGGUGGAGGAGAGCAAGGAAGGGAGGGACGCGUGGCGUGCAUCACUCGAUGCGCGCCACGCGUCCUUGCCGCCCACUGGGGUGCUGAGAGACGGCGAGGGAGACGGUGUAGGUGAGGGAGACGGUGCACGGGAGACGGCGUGGGCAAGAGGGUGCAGGCGAGAGAGGGCGCGGGCGAGAGACAGCGCGGGCGAGAGAGGGCGGAUGCAGGCGAGGGACGGCGCGGGCGAGGGACGGCGUGGGCGACUCAAGGGAGAUGGUGCACAGGAGACGGCGUAG